AUGGUAAACUCGGUCGCGCCGUCCCCGGCAGAGCUGCCCGUGACGCACCGAUGGCCGGUGCGACCUUUCGGCCCGAGCCGGUCGUUCCCGCGCCUCCGCGAUCUUCAAGUCCCCUCUGAGAUUGUGCAAGUUCGAAAACGUAUUGGAAAAAUGCCGUCGGCUAAAAAGGUGGCAGGAGGGACCGAGGACUGCAAACAGCUCCUUGCCUCGAGCCCUGCGCCGACCUCUCGUCCCAAAUUCCACCUCGACCCACCCAGCGUCAAGUCUCCUCCGCAACCCAAGGGCGGGCGGAAAGCCGCCUGUCAUCAGAUAACAUACUGGGGCGUCAUCCUGACGGACGAGGAGGUUCAGAGGAAGCGCGAGAUGAUACUGAAGCGCAAGGAGGAGGAAGCGCUCAAGGAGAGCCUGAAGCCCAAGCUCUCGGAGGAGCAGCAGAAAGUCAUUGACAUCCUCCUCGAGGCUCAUCGCAAAACCUACGACCCCACCUACGCCGACUUCACCAAGUUUCGGCCUCCUGUGAGAAGCAACCCCAGCAACAGAGGCGCAGCGAGGUCUUCCUCCAUCCUCACCCAGGACUUGUCGUCGGAGGACUCCACCGACCUUUUUGGCUCCGACGCCUUCGGCACAUUUCCAGAGUCUGUGGAGCCACAGAUGUUUUCGAACCUGGUCCUCUCCGAGGAGAACGACGAGAGCUCCUCCAUGAACAUCGACUUCUCCCACCUCUCCAUGCUCCCGCACUUGGCCGACCUGGUCAGCUACAGCAUCCAGAAGGUGAUCGGCUUUGCCAAAAUGAUCCCGGGAUUCAGGGACCUGGCAGCAGAGGACCAGAUCGCCCUGCUGAAAUCCAGCGCCAUUGAGGUGAUCAUGCUGCGCUCGAACCAAUCCUUCACCCUCGAGGACAUGACGUGGACCUGCGGCAGCACUGACUUCAAGUACAGGAUCAGCGAUGUCACCCAAGCUGGCCACAGCAUGGACCUGCUCGAGCCGCUCGUGAAAUUCCAGGUUGGCCUGAAGAAGCUGAACCUUCACGAAGAAGAGCACGUGCUCCUCAUGGCCAUCUGCAUCCUGUCCCCAGAUCGCCCAGGCGUGCAGGACACCUCGCUGGUGGAAUCCCUCCAGGAUCACCUCUCGGAGAUCCUCCAGACCUACAUCCGCUGCAGGCACCCUCCUCCCGGCAGCCGCCUGCUCUACGCCAAGAUGAUCCAGAAGCUGGCCGACCUACGGAGCCUGAACGAGGAGCACUCCAAGCAGUACCGCUGCCUCUCCUUCCAGCCCGAGCACAGCAUGCAGCUCACGCCGCUGGUGCUCGAGGUCUUCGGCAACGAGAUAUCCUGA